AUGUCAUUUUAUUCUAAAACUUCAACUACUACAGUAACAAAUACUAAUGUUUUUUCAUUAAUGAAUACCUUAUAUAAAAGUGGUUUUGCUAUGCAAUCACCAACUUCUCCAAAUUUAGAUAGUAGAACAAUGCAUACAUUAUACGCUUUUUCUUUUAUUAUAUAUUGUACAAAUUGUUUUGUUGAUUGGCUUCACAUUUAUUGUGUUUUACGUGGUCAUGUAACAUCAUUUCCAUUAGAAACAUGGGUUGUAGUAAUUUUAACAACUUCUGUUGUUGCUGGAACAAUGUUAACAGCAUUAUUGAUGAUGUUAUGUGUAGAAAAUGCCUUUGCUCAAAGAGUUCAUGUAUCACCAUAUAGAAAUGGAUUUGCUAUUAUAUGUGAAGCUUUAAUUGAAUGGAUUCAAGCUUUUAACAAUUUUCGUGUUGCAUAUUUAGUUGUAUUAUUACAUGAUCUUCCAGUAACAAUUAUUAAUUUCUUUUUUCUUACAAGCUGUCGUUGUUCAGGACCAGAUACAUGGAAAUGGUCUUUAUUAUUAUCCUCAUUAACUUCUUUAAUUAGUUUGUCAUGGAGAUUAGUAAUGUUAUAUUAUGCUUACAAUAAUCUUAUUUGUAGUAAAAAAAAAGUUAAAAAAAAUGGUUUACCUGUAAAAAAAUGGACACCAAUAGGAUAUUUUAAAAGUUUAAUUGAUAGUUGUUCUGAUGAACAAAGAUUAAGAGAAUUUGAUGAGACAUGGCCAAUAAGAUUUGCUAUAAAUAAAGUUUAUUAUAAAGAAAUAAGAAAUGAAUCAGAAAAAACUGUUUAUUGGAAUACAAGAUUAAAAGAAAUUCAAGGUGGAUGUUUUGAUAAAUUCAAAUUAUGUAUUGGAACUACAAUAGGAUACUUUUAUAUUUAUAUUAAAUCUUUUAUAUUUCAUUUAAUCAAAUUUAUAGCAUGUUUUAUAUUAGUAUUUAUUUUAUACUUAUCAUAUGUUAUCAUAUUUUUUAGUCCUUUAAUUAACCAUUAUUGUUGUAGUAAGAAUAGUUUAAAUCAUCGACAUCGUUGCUCAAAAACAUUUGUCAAAAUGUGUACAUUUUUUUAUCAUUACAUUACAUUGGCAUUUAGUUUCAUAGUAGCAAUAACACUUUUAUUGAUGAACUUAUCUCUUCUACUAAGUCCUCAUGGAAUAGGAAGUAGUACUGCAGUACCAGAAAUAAGUCAAUUCUGUUUAGAAGUAAAUACUACACAGAAGACAAUACAACCAAUUUUCAAACCAUCUCAUGCUAAUUGGUAUUUUUGGUUUAAGAAUCAAAGUUACUUUAAAAAUAAUGAAUAUACUAUAUGUAAGAGUGUUUAUGAAAAUAAUGUGACACAACUUGGAUUACUAAGACAACUAGCAGGCCCAUGGCAAACUAGAUUUUUUACUGAUAAUGGUAUUUUAACUAUAAGUACAGUUUUACAAUCAAAUUAUUCAAAUAGACAAAAUCCAAAACAUACCAUUUUAUUUGAUUAUGGUUUAAUUUUAAUUAAUGAAAAUAAAGUUAAAUGUUUAAGAAAAGAAAUAUCUGGUUGGAGUUUUAUACAAGAAUUUGUUGAACUUGGAUGGCCAUUUUUUACAGCAUGCAAAAAUACUAUUACUUUAACAUCAAGAUAUCUUAUAAAAGGAGCCAUUUGUAAAUAA